AUGGUGAAGCAUUUCAGCCACCGCCAUGAGUUGUGCUCAUAUCAAGUUCAAGAGGAUGAUGAAAUCACUUGCUCCGGCUGUGAGCUACCUCUAGACCUCAUGAUGAAUUCAGCUACUUCUGCUUACAAAUGCACCAAGUCCAAGUGCAACUUUUACCUCCACGACUUGUGCUUUGAACUUCCCCAAGAAAUCAAACACAAGUCUCACCCAAAACACCCUCUUACUCUCUCCACCCCUCCCUAUGAAUAUGGUGAGUUCACGUGCGAUGCAUGUGGUGAAUUUGGCACUUGUUUCACCUUCCACUGCACCCAUUGCAAAUAUGAUCUCCAUGUUCAGUGUGCUACUUUGCCUGAAACCCUGA